CAUGAUUUAAUGCAGCCCAUGAGGUAGAAACUGGAGAGCAAGGACUGAUGAUUUAUCUUUUUUUAUUAGUGCUCCUAUGGUUUUUGCAUUUAAGCUAAUAUAACACGUACAUUUUCUAUUAAUCCUAGCCAUUUGGUGCUCACCAAAUAGUGUUUGUAUCUCUGACUCAAUUGUAUGGAUCAGAUAUGAACUCAAUUACAAUGCUGACUGGCUACAAAAAUAUAUAAAUGUCCCUGCUUUGCACUGAAUUGAAUAGUACCAGUUAUAUCACAGGCAAUGUACUAAUUCACUUCCUUGAAUCCAUGCUGUUAUUAUUUUUAGUAGUAAAAAAAAAUCAACACAGGCACUGCAGAAUGCUGAGGAAUACUUUCACACUGUGAUAAAAAAAAAAUCCUGUCUGCACUUAGCAGCAGCUACUUAAUUUCAUUACAUAAUUGCAUGCUGCAGCCAUCACAUAAAUAAUCAUGUGCUCUGUGCAAAAUGCCUGCUUAUGCAUGGGUUUCACUGAGCUUUGCGAUGUAUAUCAUGUUAGGUAAGAUGCAGCUUUUAUGUGUAAAUCUAAACUGUACUCAGAAUGAUCAGCUUGCAGAAUAGCACAAUGUUCUUUCUCUUCCUUUGCAUUAUCCAGCUGGGACAUGUGUGAAAAAGUAAUAUAGUCAUGUGGUUGUUCUGAAUAAUUAAAUAAGCAGGAUCUGAUCUUGCUAAGACACUGCUUCACAUCUUUAUACUGGGAGCUGUCUGAGUGAUAGGUGACGUCAGAGUGGGUGUUACCAAUGGCUGGUGUGGAAGGUGAUGUUAGGAUCUUGCUUGUUACUGUGUAGAGCAGCAGCUUAGCUGCUGGGAAGAGCAUUGUUGGUGUUUGGGAGCUGUUAGGGAAAUAAUCAUCUGUCCUGUAUUGCACCAUUCAAACUAAGUUGCUGUGAGAGCAGAAAGUGUGUCCUCUCAUUAAGUCACAGCAUGGGGGCAGGAGGCUACUCCAAGGACUAAUUGUCCAGAAGCCUUGCCAGAAGCAAAGAUUCAUCAAACUUAGAAAGGGGCUAUCUGAAUGGCAAAAUUCAUCAGGGUAACAAUCCACUUUUCACUCCUGCAAUAUACUUCUAAUUAAAAGGAACUGGAUCAUCCUCAAAGAGAAAAAAAACAUCUUAAUGAAAUGGUCAGUAGCAAAGAACAGAUGAUGGGAACUGUUCUAGGAAAAAAAUAUUAAGGCGAAACAAAAGUCUAUAUUCCUGGCACACUGAAGCUCUAGUUAACUGGUUUUUGAAAUAAAAAGAAGAGGAAGAAAAGCAUUCCAGGCAUCCAAAUGCUGAAAAGGACCUGCUGGAUCAGAAACAAUGAAAGUGUAAGGAAAGCCUGCUAAAAGGGGAAUUCAAAGUCCUAUGUGUUGUGUGUAGGCAUUUGAACUUUAAAGUGCAUCGGAUGGUAGUUUGCUCAGCUCCUGGAUGGCAGGGAUUAUGCUCUCUGUGGCAUGUUUGUACUGUGCUACAUCUACAAGGAAUGUAAUGCCACUGCAACGAUCUACAGCAAAUUACUUUGCUACAGAGGAAUAACAAAUUGGGCUUUUCGCUGUCAUAUCAAGCCACAAAAGUCAUGAAGACCAGCCUUCAGGUCCUUCUGUUAGCUUUAUUUUCCAAAGCUGUAUUGCUUUCCUCAAGUGACCACAACUUUGUGAGGAAAGAAAUAAAGUUUGAGGGUGACCUUGUUUUAGGAGGGUUGUUUCCUAUAAAUGAGAAAGGUGGGGGAAUGGAUGAAUGUGGCAGGAUUAAUGAAGACCGAGGCAUCCAGCGACUUGAAGCUAUGCUUUUUGCAAUUGAUCAGAUUAACAGAGAUAGUUCACUUCUUCCAGGAGUCAAAUUAGGAGUUCAUAUCUUGGAUACCUGUUCAAGAGACACAUAUGCUUUGGAGCAAUCCCUUGAGUUUGUUAGGGCUUCUUUAACUAAAGUGGAUGAAGCGGAAUAUAUGUGCCCAGAUGGGUCAUAUGCCAUUCAAGAAAACAGUCCCUUGCCUAUCGCUGGAGUCAUUGGUGGGUCCUACAGCAGUGUUUCUAUACAGGUUGCUAAUUUGUUGAGACUUUUCCACAUUCCUCAAAUAAGCUAUGCUUCCACUAGUGCCAAACUUAGUGACAAAUCUCGUUAUGACUACUUUGCUAGGACAGUGCCACCAGACUUCUAUCAAGCUAAGGCAAUGGCUGAGAUUUUAAGGUUCUUUAACUGGACAUAUGUGUCUACUGUUGCCUCAGAAGGAGACUAUGGGGAGACAGGAAUUGAAGCCUUUGAACAUGAAGCAAGGUUAAGAAAUAUUUGCAUUGCCACAUCAGAAAAAGUUGGGAGGUCUAAUCUUAAAAAGUCUUAUGAUAAUGCCAUAAAGGAGCUCUUACAAAAGCCAAAUGCAAAAGUUGUUGUACUUUUUAUGAGGAGUGACGACACUAGGGAGCUUCUGGCAGCUGCUAAUAGGUUUAAUGCUUCUUUUACAUGGAUUGCCAGUGAUGGAUGGGGAGCCCAAGAAAGCAUUGUUAAGGGUAAUGAGCAUAUUGCAUAUGGGGCAAUAACACUGGAACUUGCUUCUCACCCUGUUAAAGAAUUUGACAAGUACUUCCAAAGCCUUACACCUUACAACAACCACCGUAAUCCAUGGUUCAAAGAUUUCUGGCAGCAAAAGUUUCAGUGUUCAUUACAGAACAAAAACCAGCAAGUAAAGUUUUGUGAUAAGCGUCUCAAUAUCAACAGUUCCAACUACGAACAAGAAUCCAAAAUAAUGUUUGUGAUAAAUGCUGUUUAUGCAAUGGCCUAUGCAUUACACCAAAUGCAGCGCACUGUGUGCCCAAACACCAACAUACUGUGUGAUGCCAUGAAGGUCUUAGAUGGAAAAAAGCUCUAUAAAGAUUAUCUACUGAAAGUAAAUUUUACAGCUCCUUUUAUACCACCCAGUAAUACAGACAGCAUUGUGAAAUUUGAUGCAUAUGGAGAUGGAAUUGGUUUAUACAAUGUGUUCAAUUUCCAGUAUCACAAUGGUAAAUAUUCCUACCUGAAAAUUGGCCAGUGGGCAGAAACCUUGUCACUGGAUGUUGACAUAAUACAGUGGUCAAAAAGUUUGGUUCCAACAUCACAGUGUAGUGACCCCUGCGCUCCAAAUGAAAUGAAGAAUAUGCAACCAGGAGAUGUAUGCUGCUGGAUUUGUAUCCCAUGCGAGAAAUACGAGUACCUUGCUGAUGAGUUCACAUGCAUUGACUGUGGGGAAGGACGAUGGCCUACCGCUGACCUAACCAGUUGCUUUGAUCUACCAGAAGAUUACAUUAAGUGGGAGGAUGCCUGGGCAAUAGGGCCAGUGACCAUUGCAUGCCUUGGAUUUGUAUGUACUUGCCUGGUUGGAGGAGUCUUUAUCAAAAACAAUAGCACACCUUUGGUGAAGGCAUCAGGAAGGGAACUCUGCUAUAUUCUCUUGAUUGGAGUUUUUAUGUGUUAUUGUAUGACAUUUUUCUUCAUAGCCAAACCUUCUCCUGUCAUAUGCACCCUUCGACGUUUGGGACUUGGAACAUCUUUUGUUGUUUGUUAUUCUGCUCUACUGACCAAGACAAAUCGCAUUGCCAGGAUAUUCAGCGGUGUAAAGGAUGGUGCCCAAAGACCAAAAUUCAUCAGUCCCAAAUCCCAAGUUGUCAUAUGUCUCAGUCUUAUCUCAGUUCAGAUUGUUGUUGUAUCUGUAUGGCUCAUGUUGGAAUUCCCUGGCACAAGACGCUAUACACUUCCUGAAAAAAGAGAAACUGUUAUAUUGAAAUGCAAUGUCAAAGAUUCCAGUAUGCUAAUUUCACUGACAUAUGAUGUGGUCCUGGUGAUAUUAUGUACUGUAUAUGCCUUCAAAACAAGGAAAUGUCCAGAAAAUUUUAAUGAAGCCAAGUUCAUUGGAUUUACAAUGUACACAACUUGCAUUAUUUGGCUUGCUUUCCUGCCUAUAUUUUAUGUCACAUCAAGUGACUACAGAGUCCAAACUACAACAAUGUGCAUCUCAGUAAGCCUGAGUGGCUUUGUAGUUCUGGGGUGCUUGUUUGCGCCAAAAGUUCAUAUUAUCCUGUUUCAACCACAGAAAAAUGUCGUAACACACAGACUACAUCUAAAUAGGUUCAGUGUUAGUGGUACAGCAACCACAUACUCACAAUCCUCUGCAAGUGCACAUUACACACCAACCAUUUGCAAUGGAGGAGAAGUUCUCGACUCCACCACGUCAUCCUUAUAAAUGUGAUCAGAAUCUAUGUCUUGAAGAUUUUUAGACUGUUAGAUUUUAUGCACUUGUGCAGUUCUGUAACUUUUUUUAGAAAAAAAACAAAAAUAUUUUUGAGGACUGUAUAGCUUAAUGUUCUAGAGCUUUUUAGACUUGUUCAAUGACCACAGCUGUUGACACAUUUAGACGAUGUGUAAAUAGGGUGCAUUCUCUACACCAGAGGCAAGCAAUGUCUAGUGCUCCAGAUGUUGUGAAACUACAGGGCAAUACCCACAACUGAAUACAAUGUGGGAUGGUGGAAGCUGUAGCUCUAUAACAAAUGGAGUGCAAGAGGUUACCUGCUCCUGCUCAACACUAUCUGCAGUGUCCACUUAACAGUAAUACAAUAACCGACAUCUGCCAUUUCAGUAUUAAAUGUCUUUUACUUUCAUAUGAUUUUUUUUUUGUAAACUAGGUUAUUGUUGUAACCAAUUUUAGAAUGCAUAACAGUAACUUGCAGUUACCCAAUAUGUACAGGUAACUGGAUGUUUUUUUGCACAGCAGAAUUAUUAAUGUAAAGAUACCAGUAAAAAAAACUUUUUAAGGGUUUUAAGCAUGUUUUCUCAAUAAUGAUAAAAUAUUUUGUUGCACUGAAUGGAGAUGUAAUGGGCAAAUAACAAAGUUAUGAAUGUAUGACUAUGACUGCAUCACUGCAAGUACUAGGAGCCAAAUCAUUAACUUAAUGUUUAAAGAGCAGUACAGAAUAAGAAUAUAAACAGAACCUAAUGCUCCCUUAAUUGCUAGUUUACAUUAUUUACAAACACUCUGCUGCUUUAACAGCUAUAUUUCAGUUUACAGACCCUCGUUCAUUUCAUGAAGAAAACAUUUGACAUUGUUUUUUUGCAAGGCAUCAUAGAGAUCAUUAUCAAUUGGUUGGAAGAUUGUACAGAUAAUAAUACCAUGCCAUUGAAUAAUUGUUAUGGUUCUUCCCUACAGAUACAAUGGCAUAGAGUUUUACUUUAAAGGGGGAUUUUUUUCUAAUGCUUAUUUAUUUAAAUGCUUGAAUUUCAACAACUGAGUUACAUAAAAACAUGAAGAAACAACUUAGUUAAAUCACUUAGAGUUAAUCUUGAAACUUUGCAGAUUAUAGAUGCCAAAUCGAGUUACGAGUUUUUUGAAAACUUAAGUUUCACAACAUGACUGACUUGUUUGCUUCAUAUAAAAAAAUAAUUUAAGGGAGUGUACUAAGAAAUCAAUUAACAAUGGCUGAACAGUAAUAAUAUAUUUAUGCAACAAAAAACAGAUCCAUUAAAUAUCCCCUACAGUGUAAACUCAAGCAAUGGCAUUUACCCUUUUAGCAACUUUUUAAUAUAAAUGCAUCUGUCACAUUUAAGUUUGUAUGAGGUUUUUAUAUUAAUAUUAGAUUAGAUCAUACAGUAAAAUUAUACUGUAAGUUAAUGUUAUACACGAGUAAUGGUGUAUGUAUGACCAUUAAUGGAUCACUCCUGUAUAUUUAAUUAGCCAAUAGGGUUAGCAAUUCCCUUAAAAAUCUAUAAUGCUCUGUUUCCUAAGCUUGGGAUUCAACUUCUAGCAUGCCCAAACAGAGGCUAGGCCCUACCUAGGGGGGCCAGGAGAAGUCUUAUGGAGGCCAGCCUAAAUGCCAGCUAAGGUGAGAUUUGAGGGAAAUGCCCAUUUGGUCUUCUAGAUACCCCUGGAAGCUUAGCGUAAAGGUAAAAUACAGUGGGGGCCGCCAGCAGAGGUUCAAACUUUAAGGGAUAAUUUAAUUUAAAAAAUGCCUUAACUCUUAAUGAGAUAUUUAGAAUUUGUAGUCCUGCAGCAUUUGGAACACAGAGUUAUACUGAAAAAAAGUUACAUAUCAUGGCAUGAAUAAAAAAUAGAUAAAUAUUAAAAACAGGAUGGCAGGAGAAAUAAAAACUCUAGCACCUUCUACCAUGUAAAACAAGGUGUUACUGUAUAUUGGCUGCUUAUGAUUUUUGUCUACAAUGGUACCAUAUAUUGACUUUUUUUGUAUAGAUAACUCCUUUUUUAUAGUUUUUUGAUUAUACAGAUUUUUUUUGUUUAAAAAUUGAGCAAAAAAUGUACAACUUACAAUAAAAAGCACACUGAUUAUAUAGUGCUAUUGCCAUUACCAUACAGCAGUAUUAUCAUCUGUACAGCAUUUAUGCUUUAACUCACAAAGGGUCAGGGUAGGAGGGAACAUUAAUACAGGGGCUGGAGGGGCAGCAGAUACAUUGGAUCUGGGUCCAUGAUACAGACAGUAAAAUCUGUAGAAUAUUUCUGAUUAGUGCUUUAGAACAUGUAUAAUAUACAGCACAAGCUAACUGCUUGUUUCUGACUGUUUCCUUUGCCCAACAACAAGCAAGCACAAGCUAAUACUAAACUAAUUUCAUGGGCAGUGUUAAAUAAAGCACAAGUUCUUCUGUGCUUUUUUCUUUAGUAAGGCAUGAAUUGAGAAAUAUCUACUCAAGGCUCUGAAAACAGUACUCCCAGAAAUUCUACAGAAUGGAACUUGCGUAUUUGUCAGGCUUUCUACUUUUAUGUGCUGGAGGGAAAAGGGCUUUUACAGAGCAUCUUAUUUUCAACAAUAUUUCAUUUUCACUCGUAGCCAUGUUAUCUUUCAAACGCUUCAUGACAAAGUACUGAAAGCAAUAGGUGUCUGUGACUUCUGUACUAAAGAUUGUAAAGAAGCAGCUUUGGUGCUGUAUUGUAAUUCCACUGGAGUGCUUUCAUAAAGUAUUCUGUACUAGGCAGCUGGGGUUGUAUAAAACAUUUUCUGAUAAAACGUGUUGGUAAAGGAGCUACUAGCUAUACAGGAACAGUGCUGCUUGUCAUGGUCCAGAAUGUUAAUUCAAGCUUCCAAUAAAUAUUUUUAUGUUUGAAUAAA